AUGAAGACGGAUAGCAUGAGGACUGCCAUGAUCACGGAGCGCGCCAUCUCCCUCGCCCCUCUUCCCCUCUCCCAUCGCCCCUCUCCCCCUCGCCCCUGUACCAUCACCCCCCAGCCCUCGCCCCUCUCCCCUCGCCCCUCGCCCUUCUCCCCCUCGCCCCUGCGUCAUCAUCCCCCAGCCCUCACCCCUCUUCCCCUCUCCCAUCGCCCCUCUCCCCCUCGCCCCUCGUCCCUGCACCAUCACCCCCCACCCUGUGCUAGCCAGGCCCGGGCCUGGGGCUCCGCGUGCUGCUCUAAGCAUUUGUUUCUAUCACCAACACCACCUCAGAUUCCCCACACCCCAACCCAACCCCACCACACCCCACUCCUGUCACCCACAUCACUCUUGACACCCAAACCCAACCUCACCACACCCCACACCUACCAUGUCUAUCACCCACAUCGCCCUGACGCCCACACCUACACCUACUCCCACACCCCAGCCCCAUCACACCCCACCCAACUACUCCUGUCACCCACACAACCUUACACUCCCCACGAUCUCACACUCCCCCACACACCUCCUCAAACACUGCCCCUCUCCGCCACCACCCUCACCCCAACAAGCCCCAUUCACUUCCCAAUACGCUUACCCCGAAACCCCCUUGCCCCAUCCCUCCUAGUCACCCCCCACCCCUCCUCCCCUUCCACCUGCUAG